UCGUCGUUUCGAGUUGGGAGGGACCACGAAAUUUGUUCGCGUUCGUCGUUCGAGCGAAACGAAGAAGUUCGGUUUCCUAUUUUUGUGUCUUGGACUUGCUUGGCGAAGUGGCGACGGAAGAAUACCGAGCUGCGUGUAGGGAUGGUGUUCGCAUUAGCGAGAAGCGCUCUGGAGACGGUGCAACACGCAGCAUCGACUCUGACGGAUAAUGCGCUCACUCGCACCGUGGCCUCGGCACCAGCAUCUGUCCUGACAGCAACGAGAGACUACGUCGUCACUCCCGUUGCCGAAACUGUUGUCAAUCUCCCGUCGACGGCUGUGGCAGCGCCGAAAAUCGUGUUCGGCGUAGUGAAGAACACAACUACAGUGAUCAGCGCGGGAGUGCAAGGUACCGCGAGUGCGUUGAACCCGUUCGGGUUCGUCCACAAGCUCACCAGAGGCGCCGCCAUAGGCAUCGGGGUGGCCGUCGGUCUGAUUGUUUUCAUCGUCCUGCUCUGCUGCUUGGUUGCUCUGUGGAGAUGCCUCAGGGAAAACCGAAAAAGGGAAUCGGAAAGCUUGCUGUACCAAACUCUGCCGUUCAGAAAAGGUGGCCGCGUACCGUACUACACUAUGUACGAAGCUCCGGUUCCAGGGAAGUAGCAGGCGCACAGGAAACUGCAACUGUACACGCCGAACAGGUCAAUGCCUGAGGGAAAGAACCAUGUCUGCGGGCAGCCUCGACGGCUUCUUAUAGGGACAUUAAAGAAAACACAAAGGGAACUCUAGACUGAUAGGUCACACUACCAGUGUACCUAGAAUUAGAUCAAUGUUGCGUGCAGCUGAAGCUCAACAACCGAAAAGCGGGGGGACUGGUGGCGACCCCAUCGUGAAAUUCUCCCACUAACUUCCGGAGGCGUCGCUGGCUCUGGCAACGUCUGGACGAGGUUGGUUACUUGUUUUUAAAGAGAUGAAUAAAUAAGGAGACGUUGGCACCAA